GCGCUUCUGGGAGCGCCGCGUGCGACUUUUUCGCCUGCGAGCUGGUGACAUGGCGGCCUUCACUGGCCCGGCCAAGCCGCUCCUGUCCCUGAACCCGCAGGAGGAUACCAAGUUUAAGAAGGAGGUGGCACAGGUUCGCCGGCGCGCAAGCAAGCAACAGGAGAAACAAAAACUUACUCCUGGAGUGAUCUAUGUGGGCCACUUACCUCCGUCGCUUUAUGAAACCCAGAUCCGAGCAUAUUUCUCCCAGUUUGGCACUGUUACAAGAUUCAGACUGUCCAGGAGUACCAAGACUGGAAAUAGCAAAGGCUAUGGCUUUGUGGAGUUUGAAUCUGAAGAUGUUGCCAAAAUAGCUGCUGAAACGAUGAACAACUACCUUUUUGGCGAAAGACUCUUGAAGUGUCAUUUUAUACCACCUGAAAAAGUACAUGAAAAACUUUUUAGGGAGUGGCAUAUGCCAUUUAAAAGGCCAUCAUAUCCAGCAGUGAAACGGUAUAAUCAGAAUCGGACACUUCUUCAAAAGCUACGGAUGGAAGAGCGAUUUAAAAAGAAGGAAAAAUCACUCAGGAAGAGAUUGGCUAAGAAGGGAAUUGAUUAUGACUUCCCUUCACUGAUCUUACAUAAAAAUGAGGAAAAUGCUUCAAACACUGGUCCUCGAAAUUCCAGAAAGCACCAGGCUUUACGUAAGAAGAAGAAAAAAGCGGCUUUGGUCACUUCUAACACUCCUGAGAAAACUGUGGAUAGCCAGGACCCCACGCCGGUUUGUACACCAACAUUUUUGGAGAAACGAAAAUCUGAAGUGGCUAAAAUGAAUGACGAUGAUAAAGAUAAUGAGAUAGUUUUCAAACAGCCCAUAUCUGGUGUAAAAGAAGAAACAAAAGACACUCAGACGCCUACAAGUUCAAGGAAAAAAAGACGAAAAAAAAGCACCCAGUAAUUCUGAAUGUAUUGUGUAUGGUGGUGGUUAUGAAAAAGGUGAUUUUAUUAUGGAGGCUGAUUCUUUGUAUUUAACUAGAUAAGGUGGAAUGCAAUCAGUAACAAGAUGGUUGGAGAAAAAACUGUCAAUUCAAGUCAACAGGGAGAGCAGUCAGUGAUUUUGGCUUCCCCACCCUCGCAGAAAUGCAGGGGUGAGCACCAGCUCAUAGCAGCCCGGCUCACGCUGCCUGUGCCCUGUCUCUACGGCUCUCUUCAGCUUUCAUAGCUGCCUUUAGUUGCUCUGCCUGGGUAGCUUAAGUACUAGACUGUAGCCUUUGUCAUUACCAUCAAAUAAAGAAAAUAAAAUCUUUA